CUUUUGUCAGUUGUCUCCUUCUCCAAGUGCUCAACUCUUCGUUACUUUUGCUACAAGUUUGCCGUCCCUAGUCGCCCUUUGCUGUCUUCAUUGUCCGCCUCUCUCUGACUCGUUGUCUUGCUCUUAAGAUCUCGGUUUUGAAUAGCCACAAGACGGGCGGAGUCUCUCUUUCGAUGUUACGUCCAGACUUUCGAUUUGGCUCUUGCUUCCCUCCAGUCUGAAACCUUUCUCCUUCUCUCUGUUCUCACCGGUUGUCUUUUCUGCGGUGGAACUGUGGAUUCUGCGGAUGAGCCCUGCGUGCGACCCCGAGUGCUGCGGUCCCUCCGUUCGACUUUUCCUCUCUGCGGAGAGGCACAAUGGCGCUUUCUGAAUCCUGCACUCGCAGGCUUCUCCCCUUCUGUGACCUCUCGUUUUCCUCACUCUUCUUUCCUCCUCCUAUGUCUCUCCCCCAGCCCCGUCCUCUCUCUUCUUCCUCGUCUGCUGCUUCGUCUCCGCCGUCCUCUACCAGGUUCUCUUCUUCUUCUUCUUCCUCUUCUUCUUCUUCCUCUUCUUCUUCUGUUGUCUCCUCCACUUCAGUUCCGCCUUCGAAGCGUUGCCUGCGCGUCUCGACCUGCCAACUUGCGCCUUCCUCCCUUCGCCUGCUUCUGCUGCUUUCUCUUGUCUUGCUUCUUCGGCUGUCUUCCGCUCACCCGGCGGCGCCAGAGGAGCCGCAGGAGGCGGAGGGUGACGAGGUCUUUGAAGACGCGUCCGAGACUCUGCCGUCUCCCGCCGCUUCCGAAGCGCUUCCGCAGGGCCGAGAGCGUCACGAGGAAGUCGAGCGAGUUCUGCAGGAACACAGACUGCUGCAGGCCGAAGAGCGGCACCGCGAGCUGCAGAGCGAGCACCGCAGAAAUGUGAUUCUCCAGCAGGAAGCUGCGCGUCUCCAGGAGGCGGCCGACGCCAGCGAGGACCUGCGGCAGCAUGCAGAGGCGAUGGCCGCAGCGGACCCCGCGGAUGCGGAGUCGCUGCGGAGCUACCACGGCGCCCUCUCGAAGGCGGUGUUGGACGAGGCGGAGCGCGGUCGCGUUCUGCAGGAGCGACUUCGCCUGCAGACUGUGCGAGACGCUCUCGAAGGCCAAGUCGAGCUGGAGAAACUGCGGGAGGCCGAGCUGAAGAGACAGCUGGGUCGCGCACCCCACGAGACGAACGACUGGGGCGACGACGAAGGCCUUACGACGCUCGACGAGGAAGGCCAGCAGGAACGACUCCGAACUCUCGAACUCGCAAAGGGUGCCGCCGUCCCCGUCGACCCCACUCGCAGUACUCUCCGAAACAACAUGCAGGAAGAACACGAAAGAAACCUCGAGAAAAUGCGACAGGGCGAUGGACGCGAACCAAAAGGACGCGAGGACGUCGCAGAGACGAGCAGUAGCUCUGGAGAAGAAGAAACAAUUAAAACAUCAAAACGGGGCUUCUUUGCGCGAAUUGGAGGACUUUUCAAAUCUGCCUUCAACCGUAUACGUUCUCGAUUCUCUACCACGUCGGUCAACGAUGCCGUAACGAAGGUGGCGAGUCACCAAGAGCUCGCUGUCGAGUACCUCCGGUGCCUGAACGUCGGCGACGCACGCACGAAUUUUCGGAGAGGCGACAGUUACUGCCGAACCUUGGGCGACGACUCUCACAGGAAAUUCUGCAACACUCUCGUUCAGAUGGCAAUGCAAAUACUUCAGCAGAUUCGCCUUUGUCAAAAAGACAGAAGCGGCACACAGCGAAGAGCCUGCUUCUUCAAAGUCAAAGCUCCUCUCAUGCAUCCAACCUUCGUCGAAAUAGGGUCGAACUUACACGAGGAGUACAUCGAAGGCUUUGUGACGCGAGCGCCCGACUUUCGAGUCGUCUCCGAGUCCGCGGUUUCGCAGAUUCACCAUCACACGCGGCUCUUGAACUGGAGAGAAAUUCUGCUGCACUCCUUCGACAUUGUGGCCAUCGCCGCGAGCAAUCGGCUGUGGGAGCAGACGCACGCGUCGCUGCAGAGCCUCUCUCACCAUCGGCUUGUCGAAAGUCAGAGGAGACAGGCUAUGCAACAGAGAGCCUUUCGUUUCCACCGCCGUCAGCGCGCGAUUUUGGACAUGCCGCCUCAUCCCGACCCCGUGAUGGUAGGAAUUCUCCACGAGCUGGUUUUCAAGGGCAACGUGUGUCGCCACAAGAGCGACUACCGCGCGCGGCUGGUGCGAGAGAUCGGAGACAAGCGCGUCGUGACGACGGUGAAGGAGCAGACGAAGCUCGCGUUCAUAUUCUGGAUUCGUUCCUUGUACUCCGUGGAAGAGUGCAUGCACCCGCCAUUCCUGCGGCCUUCGGAGACGAGUCCGGAAGACGAGGAGAGUGCGAGGGAGAGCCGGGAGCCGGGGGUGAACUCCGCAGACGAGGCCGAGCCUGCAGAGAAACUCUUCGGCGCGGCGCCCAGCUCGAUUCAAGUCCAGAACUGCGAGCUCGUUCGCAAGCUCUUUCGCCUGACUCUCGAGUCGCAGAGCGAAGACAUUCUCUCCGAUCACUUCUACUCUGACGGCACUGGCGAAUUAGAGGCCAGCGACGGAGACCUCCCCCAAGACACUUCGACCGAAAGCGGCGUCCACCCUUUCGAAGGCGACGAGGUCCCGCGGCGCCAUGAGGAGUCAGCCAAGCUGGAAUUACCUCUCACUGCCGAGCAACGCGUCGAAAGAAAAGCCUUCAUCGAGUCUCUCAACGCUGUCGUCUCUUCUUCCGCCACGCUCUCAGUUUCCAUUCUGUUAAACAAGAGUCGGAAGGGAUACAAGGUCCUGGAGUUCGCCGCUCGUUCGCGGUUCGUGACGCGCAUGCUGGCGAGUUUUUCUUUCAAGUUGGUUCUCCAUCUCUUCAGUCAGACGUACGACUUGUCUGCAAUUGCCACGGAGGUGGGCCACAGCGAGAAGUACCCCCCCGGUCGGCAAACAGAAGGCCUUGCCUGGCAUCUGGUCUUGAAGGCGAUUCGCGAGGGCGCUUUGCCUCUGCGCACGAGCGAUGUAUUCGCUUCGUCCUACGUCCAGAGUCUGGGCGCGACCGUCGAGAUCCUCACGGGAAGCAGAAACGUCGGCAAUUUCGCGACGCAAGUGCUCGUCAUUGCACUCAAUCGGAGGCGAGAGCUCUGGAAACGGAUCUCUCAGAGCGGCCUGGAGAAGAAGAGAGACGACAUCGGGGGACGCAUAGACGACGAGGAACCCGUCGCGCCAGACAUCGACACGCGCAUCCGACGAUCGCGGAGAAGGCUCACCCUUUUUCGAGUGAUGGCAUCUGCAGUUCUCUGUGCGUUCCUUCUCGCGGCCGGUGCGUGGGCGAUUCCCGUGCUUCUCGCUGUAGCCGUCGUCGGAAUCGCGUUCGUGGCGACGAGACAAAACGCGUAAAAGCGACGGAGAGACUAGGAAUGCAACGAAAGGUGUCUCGGUAAUACACACCGAGCGACAGACACGGGUGUACAGUCACAAAACAGUGCCUGGAAAUCUACAUCCAGCGAGAGAAUCUCGGAUAUGCUCCAAGAGAGCUCCAGCUCUCCACAUCGAAGCCGCUAUACGGACACACAUGUAUUUAUGUAGAAAGAUCUUUGUAUGUUGUUCUGUGUACAUAUACAUAUAUAUAUCUAUAUAUAGAUAUAUAUACAUAUCAGCAUAUCUCUGUCUCUAUUUCUGUAUCCUUCGGUGCCGUGUGAAUCGAUGUACCUCUGAAUGUAGAACCCCAGAUCCAUAUAUAUAUAUAUAUAUAUGUAUCUAAAUAUAUGUCUCUCUCUUUAUAUAUAUAUAUAUAUGCCUAUAAGGAUUUAGCGGAUUUGUACACUAUUUUCGCUUUUUUAUGCGAAACAGCGGGCACCGCAGACCACGUCAGAGGGCGCAGUAAUCUCUUCAAGCGUUUGUCUUCGUCUUUCUUUUUUCUUCCAGUUUUUUCUCGUGUGCAGCUGUCGCUUUUGUUUUCCGUCCCGACGUGCUUUCCGAAGAACGGGAUCUCUCGGAAGUUUUUCGAAAUUUCGGUUUUGCCCGCUACCGGUCCUCGAACCGCUGACGCGUGCAGAGACACUUUUUUCCAAUUUUUCAUUUACCCC